UUUCCCGCUCGCUUUUUCUUACUUUUCCUUUUUUCCUUAUCCGAGAAUUCGAUUCCGCACGUACCGCACAUGGAAUAAAGCGGAGAACGACUUGUGUUUUUGGAUCGGUUUUUGUUGUUUGGUUGCUCGGAAAACAGAAGAAAAUUGAGGAUUUGAAAUCCGAGUCGUUCUGUUGACUUUUCUUUGUUUACUGGUGUGUGUGUGUGUUUGCGUGUGGGAAGUGGAAUUUUGAAACUUUGAAUGUUGAAUCUUCAAGUCAAGGUGAAAGUUAGCUCUGAGUGAUUUGGAAGUUUUUGUGUGAUUGUUUUUUUCUUUUUCCUUUCACUUUCUCAGCAACCAAACAGGAGGCUAAGUUUUUGAGGACGGUGAAAGAAGAUGCAGACGAGGUAUAUGGAGAGAUCGAAUAGCAUGGCGAGGGAGAAGCGAAGUUUGGAUUCGUCUUCAGCUGAAGAAGGCCAGCCGGAUAGGAAACGGCCUGCUCUCGCCAGUGUAAUUGUUGAAGCUCUCAAGGUGGAUAGUCUGCAGAAGCUUUGCUCGUCACUGGAGCCGAUUCUACGCAGAGUUGUUAGUGAAGAGGUGGAGCGUGCUUUAGCAAAAUUAGGCCCUGCCAAACUUACUGGAAGCAGGUCUUCUCCUAAACAAAUUGAAGGGCCCGAUGGAAGAAACUUGCAGCUGCACUUUAGGUCCAGGUUGUCCCUUCCUCUUUUUACUGGUGGAAAAGUAGAAGGGGAGUGGGGUUCUGCAAUCCCUAUUGUCUUGAUUGAUGCAAAUACAAAGAAUGUUGUGACAUCAGGCCCGGAGUCAGCAGUGAAACUUGACGUUGUUGUGCUUGAAGGUGAUUUUAACAACGAGGAUGAUGAGAACUGGACUGAAGAAGAAUUUGAGAGCCAUGUAGUAAAAGAGCGUGAAGGAAAGAGGCCACUUCUUACUGGCGAUCUGCAAGUGACACUGAAGGAAGGUGUAGGAACACUAGGGGAAUUGACAUUUACCGAUAAUUCUAGCUGGAUUAGGAGCAGGAAGUUUAGGCUAGGACUGAAAGUAGCCUCUGGCUAUUGCGACAACAUUCGUAUACGCGAAGCAAAAACAGAUGCCUUUACUGUUAAGGAUCACCGUGGGGAAUUAUACAAGAAACACUACCCACCUGCGUUAAAUGAUGAGGUCUGGAGAUUGGAGAAAAUUGGAAAAGAUGGCUCAUUCCACAAGAGACUGAAUAAAGCUGGAAUUGUUACAGUUGAAGACUUCCUGCGACUUGUGGUUAGAGACUCGCAGAGAUUGCGGAAUAUUCUUGGAAGUGGCAUGUCGAAUAAGAUGUGGGAUGUACUCAUACAGCAUGCAAAAACUUGUCUUCUUGGCGGGAAACUCUAUGUCUACUAUCCUGAGGAUGCAAGGAACGUUGGUGUUGUUUUUAACAAUAUUUACGAGUUGAGUGGCCUAAUUACCAAUGAACAAUUUUACUCAGCUGAUUCUCUCUCGGACGAUCAGAAGGUCUACGUGGAUGGUUUGGUAACAAAGGCAUAUGAGAACUGGAUGCAUGUUAUGGAGUACGAUGGAAAGUCUCUUCUUAAGCAGCAGAAGAGUCCCGAUGUUUCUCUACCUGAGGUUCCAAUAGCCUCACAGGAUUAUCCAAACUCAUUUGAUCAGCAGUUCACUCUACCUAGCCUGCCAGCUUCAGUUUCUUCAGAACCGCCUACUAUGGAUUCUGGCCUAAAUGUGGGAGGUUAUACUGACGGCAUGGCUAACAGAUUCUCGGUGCAGUCACAGAAUCUAAAUCUCAGUGCUCCCAGUCAGCUCGAUGGCUUGUCAUUCCCUCUACAAAAUCAGCAGCCUAUCACUUCACACCAGUCUCAGUUUCAAGGAAAUGAAAACAUGCUUGCCCUUGGUCCACCACAGUCGUCCACAUCUGGGUUCCAGAAUAUUGGUACAUCCAAUCCAUCUUCUUAUAGGGGAGCCGAGGACCUCUUCCCAGAGGAAGAAAUUCGUAUGAGGAGCCACGAGAUUCUCGAAAAUGAAGAUAUGCAGCAUCUACUUCGUAUCUUUAACAUGGGCGGUCAGGGUCAGGGUCAAGGCCACGGUUAUGGUCAUGCCUCCAUGAACAUCACUGAAGACAAUUAUCCAUAUUCGUCACCAUACAUGCCCACUCCACAAGUGAACUACAGUGUUGAUGAUCAGAGCCGUUCAUCUGGGAAAGCUGUUGUUGGCUGGCUCAAGCUCAAGGCAGCCCUUAGAUGGGGCAUAUUCAUCAGAAAGAAGGCUGCUGAGAGACGGGCACAGCUUGUUGAGUUGGAUGAUUCAUAAAUAUGACUUGUACGAGGCAAAGCUGAUCCAAUUUUGGUGUCUCUAGCCUUCGCUUCCCCCUGCCUACCUUAUUCCUGUCACGCCACAGCUUCUAACUGAGAGGACUAUGGUUGGUGGGUAAAACCUCAAGUUCGAGAGCU